CGGGUGGUGCGUGUCCCGCACCCGUGCUGUCCCUGAUCAAGGAGUGGGAUAAGAACAGGGACGAGGACAUCUUGGUUCCCAUUACCGUUGGCAUGCACCGUUGGCGACCGCUGUACUACUUUCCCUGGCGCCUCAAGGUCGACAAGGCCGUGUUUCGGGGCCGGCCGUACUGCCACACGAAACACAUGCCGUACACUCAGGGCGUGUGCAGUCGUACUUACUUUGCGGCCAUGACCCAGACCCACCCCGAGUGGUCUCGCUUCCUGGAUGUGGGGCUGCUGGAGGGCUACAACUUCACAUUCCGAGGCGGCAGCGGGGGCGGCAGCGGGGGAAUGGGGGGCAGCGGCAACAGCAGUGCUAGCAGGAACAGCAGCAGCAGCAGUGGCAGCAGCAGGAUGCUGGUUGCUGCUCGGGGUUUCGUACCCACUGAGGAGCUGGCGAGGUUCCGCUACGUCCUCGCCCUGGACGGCAUCACCGCCUCCUCCCGCCUCGCCAAGUUGCUCUCCAUGAACAGUGUCGUACUCAAACAGACGAGUCCUUGGAUCGAGUGGUAUUACAGAUCUCUGGUUCCCGGAACGCAUUACGUAAGCUUUUGGAACCACCACCGUACGGAUGUACUGCAAGCGAUAAAGCACAUCCGCCAUAAGGCCAAGUACUUGACGGACACUGCGACUCACGGGCAGGCGUUCGCCUACCGUUAUUUGUCCCCAACCGCUCGGCGGUUAUACUGGCGCCGUACACUGCUCGAGUACCGCAACCUGUUUGCUGACAUGGACGAGUACCUUGCCGGGGUGGAGCUCCCAGACACCGAGUAGCAUUGUUAGGGUAGUAGUACGGCUUAACACGACCCGCACUGCGCGUUUCUCUGAAAAUGUUGAAGUCGGAACGGUUAGACCGAGGUCCCGGUCGUCACUUCCGCACACCGCACACCGCCCGCUGCAUCAUGUGGUGUGCAAAUACCCAUGGGGUGCACAAUCCGGUAGCCCCGGCUUGCAUUGUGAUGUGGUGUAAGAUACCGUACGUACCCGUGGUGAUGAGAACAUGCGAUGAUGUGUGGCUUAUAAUCCUGCAAACGUAUGGAGGGAUAUGAAGGUAUUAGUAAAUGGGAGCUGCGGGUGCUUGUUUGAGAUUGAGGUAGGAAUGCAGGCGUCACGCGCGAAAUGGGAGCAGGUAGCGUAUUGCGGUUCACAAGGACAGCUACGAGUUGAAAGGGACUCUGUCGUUCAGCAUCUACCGGAAGCCAGGAUACCCGCUGGAUGGCUGCACCGCAGGUAGUGUAAUUAAUUAGCCGGCAGUCGUGCUCCGUUACCGGCGGAUUUGCCAUCAACCGAGGCAGCAGGGGUGGUGUUCCGGAAACGGAGCAUGGCGCUCCCUGUACGGUGUUCUGAUAUGUACUGCAUUUUUUUAAUAUUCAGUUUGGGGGAAAAUGUACUAAAGGGACCUUGCAAAAGGUUGCCGUACGCUUGCAAGGCUGUCGUAUUUUGAAGGAAACUGAACACAGCCGGGGCAGUCCAAACGUCCCGAGGGUUCGGGUUUCAUGUGUAGAUGUGCCCCCUAUGGUUGCACAUUUGUGGUGUCAAUUAUGGUGGCUGGGUAGGGGUUUGUGUACUAAAGCUUUGGGAUGUGGUUUCGCUGUGGCGUUUCGGAUAUUUACCUCUGGAAUAUCUACAGUUAAAUACUAAAUACAAACCUACCGUUGUACGACAUCUACCUCAUUCGUGUUCGCUAUGGUACAUUUGUCUUUGCUGGGCAGCGGUCGGUUCCCUUUUCCUAUAUGAAGGUUACUAUACUGACAAUGGAUGUAAAGAUUGGUUCUCAUUACACGACCAAAGUGCCAUUAGCGUUCGGGUAAUAUUGUGACCGGAACGCUUGUUCGGCAGCUGUGCAACGCUGCUUUCAUAACAUGCGUAUCUGUUAUCGCUGAUGCUGUGAACUGCUUGUGUUUAUGCCACUAUGGGUAUGACCAGACGGCGCAGGAUAGCUCGUCGGACCGUCGACGGCAACGAACCGUGAAAGUAAUGGCAACGAGGAAGCGCGGCGAAAACCUAUGCGGCUGACAACUGAUCAGAGCAGGAGAUAUGUG